CCAGGCUAUUUGUAUUGUAGAAUUCCACACGAUGGUGACAAUUUAACAGUCCAUUUCAGGACGUGUGUUUACGCCAAACUAGAAUCUAGCUUGUAAAACCAGUUUGGUAGCUUUGUAGUUUUAGCACCAUACUUUUUCAGCACCAUUAAGUAAGAAAUUACAUCGGGUAGUUGUUAAGUGAAUAUCUUUAGUAUGUAUUAAUAGAGACGUUUUAUUUAACGUCUGAAAGGAAUACACAAAAUAUGGAUAUAUGUUUCAUGUACCUAACUUCUAUAUCUCUUUUGCUGAUUAUGGACAUGACUGAAGCCGUUCCAUGCGGAGAUCCGGGAAGAAUAAUUCAUGGAAACGCAAAAUUCCUAAAGAAUGGAAUGCUUGUGCAAUUUUUCUGUGACCCGGGUUAUCAAACGAUGGGUCCUCCAAUGCUGUCAUGUUCCAGAGGGAAAUGGCGAGGAAAGAAACCUGUUUGUGUCGCUCCAGGAUGUCCCCCAUAUGUUCAGCCAUUAAAUUCAAUGAAAUACGAAAAAAUGAAGGGUGCCGUUGUUCGAUACCAGUGUCAAUCUGGAUUCCGUACGAUUGGCGAAGACGUUAUUUACUGCGAUGGGUUUCACUGGAAUGCACCACCGCCAAUAUGCCAAAAUACUUCUCCCACAACUACAAAAAUAGUUCCUACGAAUCCGCCACAACGUAUUGAAGAAAAUAGAAACAUUUCAACGCAGAUAAACUCAACAGCAAAGUCAUCAAAUUCUAAGCCAGAAUUAGUUGAUAGACAAUAUGUCGAAAAUGUUAAAAUGCAGAAACCGAUUUUCGUCGGACCUUCAGACAAACCUCCAGUUUUUCAUUCCGAGUUUCUGAAAAAACUUGGUUCGAGCGGAGUAUUACCUUUAUACAAAGGCAGAGGAUCAGAAGAAGAUGAUGAAGUCACAGAUAGAACAGAAGAUGUAUCAAGUCGAAUUACUCAAGAACGACAAAUGCCACCACUAAGUAUUCCGGAUUCCCAAAAAAUGGCCCCAACAUCACCACAAGUUUCAUAUAAUUCGUAUGUAUCACAACGCCGUCCCUUCGAGCAUUCACAAGGAAGUUAUAGAAAUUCCUAUGAAUAUCGAAAUCGGUAUAUGCUGCCAAUAAUGUCGCCAGCUGGCCAGUCUCCGAGAUAUCGACCCAUGACGCAUUAUGGAGUCCCACAAUACUACCGUCCCCGAUAUGUACCCAUGCAAACAAGAACAUCGAUCAGGCCAAUACUAUUAAAUAGGGAGGAACAGGGCACGCUGAAAACCCCCAAAUUAAAUCUACAAUCAGGAAUAACGCGCGAGUCAGAAGAUGAGGAGGGAAAGUCACAAAGACAUCCACCAGAACUAAUCCCAAACAGUCGAACUUUGGAUUCGAUCUACGGGAACGUAGUGCGAUCUGUUCCGACGGUGAUUGAAGCGAGGCGUGAUGAGGUACUCCAUAGAUCUGAAGAUAAUAACGGUGGAGGACUAACAAGAGAAGCAACCCAGGGCAGCGACAAUGGAGUACUGGUCCCGGGAAUUAUGCAGAUACCGGAUGAUCUCGCAAGCGACGAAGAACCCCAGACAUCCACUGAAAUUAAAAACUGCCCUCCACCGAGGAGACUGUUCAGAGGAUAUUACACGACCCAACCAAAGCCCAGAGACUACGAAGGAGAUGACUAUCAAUAUUUUGUUGAGUAUCACUGCCUCGUUCGUUUGAAGUUAGUAGGAGGUGAUAGGAAUAUUUACUGCAUGAGAAAUGGAAAAUGGAAAGGAAAAUUGCCAAGAUGCGAAAAAGACGUCAAAUGUCAGCCUGGAUUUAAGGAAGAUUCGUCAGGACGAUGUUCUGAUAUUGACGAAUGUCUUGUUGAUAACGGAGGAUGUCCGCAAUCCUGUGUGAACAUUCCAGGAAGGUUCUUUUGCACUUGCGAAGAAGGAUAUUUUCGUUCCACUGAUGGAACAACGUGUUUGGAUAUCGACGAGUGUAAUGCACCACGAAAGAAAAUUUGCAAUCACGAAUGUUACAACACCCCCGGAUCAUUCUAUUGUUCCUGUCGAGAAGGAUAUUCCCUUAUGAAGCAUGAUAACAGCCUUUGUUUAGAUAUCAACGAGUGUUUGAUUAGUAGCCCAUGUCAGCAACUAUGUAAAAACACGUUCGGAAGUUUUCAAUGUUCCUGCAACCCAGAUUAUCGACUAAACGAAGACGGACUAACUUGCUCAGGAUUGUGCCAACCUGGGUAUGUGAGCCAGCUAGAUACGGACUCUGGCGAAGAAAUUUGUGUUGACAACAACGAAUGCGAAGAUAACGAAGGCCUAGGGGCGUGCCAACAUAUGUGUACAAAUACCGAUGGUUCCUUCUUUUGCUCUUGUUCACCUGGUUACACCUUACAAGACGAUAUGCUAACAUGUGAAGAUACGGACGAGUGUCUUACUAGCAGCCCCUGUCAACACCUUUGUCAAAAUACUCCGGGAAGUUUCCGAUGUGCAUGCAACGUGAAUUAUCGUUUAAACGCUGAGGGAUUGACUUGUUCUGAAGUAUGCCAGCCUGGAUAUGUUAUGAGUGUGAUCGAAGAAACAGGCGAAAAGACGUGUGUUGAUGAAAAUGAAUGCAGUGAACAUGGUGGUCUCGGGAAUUGUCAACAAAUAUGCACAAACACAGAUGGAUCUUACUUUUGUUCCUGCUCACUUGGGUAUAAAUUAAAUGAAGAUAUGCAGACUUGUUCAGAUCAAGAUGAGUGUGAAUCUUCUCCCUGUACGUAUGGUUGCAUCAACAAUGAUGGGAGUUAUACGUGUACUUGCCCAGAGGAUCGCGUUCUUUCUCCAGAUGGAUUUUCGUGCUCGGGUUGCAAAGAGAAUACAUAUAUGGACGGAAACGGAUGUCUUCCAUGUCCACAAAAUUCAGUAACGAAAAAAGCAGGAGGAGCUGACAAAAGCCACUGUUUGUGUUUGCCUGGAUACAGAGGGAGUCCAGAAUUGAACAUAGCAUGUACAGACAUUGAUGAAUGCGAGGACGCAAACUAUGGUUGUUCUCAUAAUUGCGCCAAUACGCCUGGCAGCGUAUCCUGCGAAUGCCCAGACGGAUUCCGACUUGGACCAGACGGGAGAAAGUGCCAAGACAUAGACGAAUGCUCACUGUAUCGGGGAGCGUGUGGAAGAGGUGGAUUGUGCAGCAAUACCGAGGGAGGCUAUAACUGUACUUGCACCAGGGGAUAUAAGAUGGAGUCGAGAAAUUCAAACGUGUGCAUAGACAUCGACGAGUGCCAGACGAAUAAUGGAGGUUGUCAAGUUCAUUGUCAUAAUCUUCGACCGGGAUACAGAUGUUCAUGUGAUAAUGAUUGGCGAUUGAAUCGCGAUGGAAGAAGUUGUAGUCCGUUGAUUGGCGCAUGUCCUAAACUGGAACCUCUUUCCAACGGACGCGUUCUGCCUGAAGCUCCUUGCGUUCAUCACGGCACUGUAACACGGGGAAGAUUCUGCCUCUAUGCUUGUAAUAGUGGGUACAAAAUGGUUGGUGUGAAUAGGCGAAGAUGCGUUGAUAGUGGGUGGACAGGGAAACCGCCCACAUGUAGUCCUGCAGGUUGGUGCCCUCCAAUGGCUAUUCCCGAUGGAGUGAAAGUAAUACCUCCAGCAUGUGCGCAAAACAGCAGCAUGCCUUGGAUGAUGUGUGUCUUUUCUUGCAAAGUAUCCACUCACGUUAUGAAAGGAGGGAGAGUCAUACGAUGCAAUAUAAACCACAGAUGGGAUCACGAGCCGCCGACAUGCGUUGCCAGAAAUCUUACUGCAUCAUCUGAUAAUCCACAAAUUCAGUGUCCGCGAGAUAUUGACGUUGAACUUGCACCAGGGGAAUCUUCUGCAAAAGUUACGCUUCCAAAGCCAGUUACAAACAUGGAGAUUACAGAGCAGAGAAAUGACGGCAGUGAAUCCAGGGAUAUAUUUCCAGCUGGCACAACAAGUGUUAAGUUUACGGCGUAUACUAAUGAUAAGAUACGUCAAGCUUCUUGCGUAAUGCGUGUUCGAGUGAGAGACAGACAAGCACCGAUAAUUCAACAAUGCCCAAGAUCAAUAUCUAUUGAAUCGGCGGAAAAAUUCCCUCAAAUAUCAUGGAAGCGUCCUGUUUUCAGAGAUAAUGUUGCGGUUGAACUAGUGAAGGAAUCAAGAUUUCCACGUGGAAAUAUCACUUGGGGUACUUACAGCGUCUCGUACACUGCCAGUGACGCUGCAGGAAACAUGGCGGAAUGCGCUUUCACUGUCUCAAUUCGACGCCCUAAAAGCUUGCAACAGGCAGGAGCCAUUUCUUGUGGCAGACCAACAGGUCCUAAGAACGGCCAGGCACGUUGUCAAACCUGGGCACGAGGAGUGUAUUGCAUUCCAAGAUGUAAUCCACGGUACGCGUUCCAGAGACGGCCACCAACAUUUGUAUGCGAUAACGACGGUGUUUGGACUCCAGGAAAUGUCAUUCCAGAUUGCAUUGAUGUUCGUUCGAUCGGAGAAAAUAUCCGAAAUCCUGUAACUACACCAACGUUGAGUACAACAACCACAACCACCACCGAGCCAUCUCCCACUCCAACGGAAAUCACCUUGAUAUAUAGUGCUCGUACGUCUUCAUCCCCUACGACCGUUGCAACGCAGUCUCUAACAAGCGCAAGGUAUUCGGAAACAGGCGUACCAACAUUGGCAACUGAAAUCCCGGAAAUUAAAUUUCUGGAAAGACCAAAGUUUUUCUUGGUACCGACAGAGCCUACUACAAGAAUCGAGACAGUAAGCCAGCACCGACCAUCCCCGAUAACACCUGUUUAUAUUACUAACGCCGUUGUACACUACCGCGCAUCACAGCCUCGCCUUAUAAAACUAGCACCUGAGACAAACGAUUGCCCAAGAGGCCAAGUUCCCGAGCAAGAUAGCGAAGGGCGGGAAAAAUGUGUCGAGUGUCCGCGAGGAACUUACAGGCCUCGAAUCAAAUCUGCGGUGAAAUGUCUUUCAUGUUCCCCAGGCUUUUAUCAAGAUAAAACAGGGAUGGGCUAUUGCAGUAGGUGUCCAAAUUACAUUCCCCACGUUCAUACAAGUGCGAUACGUGGGAAUACCAAACUGAUCGGUCUGAAAUCCGUAGAUGACUGCGAGAUGAUUCACCGAAGAAUACAGACGCGAAGUAGUGACAUCGCAGUCAGAAGAGCAUUGGCAAGAAGGAGAAGACUUUUGCGUCAUUGACAAUUGUUUAGUAAAUUCCUGCAGAUGGGACAAUUGAAGACGCAAGUCAUCACUCGAAAGUUCUUUAAAAUUCCGAUACUUUCAUUUCGUAAGGGGACGCGGCGUGAUCCCCAUUGAAGGGACAAAAUAUCUUAUCAAAACGCUACUUUGAAAAAAACUAAAUCAAUUAUAGUUUUGUAUAUAAAUAUACUAUUGUACAGAAGUGCCCAUGUGCGUGUUGAAUGUAAUUUAAAAACACAUAUACGGAUGAUGCUUCUUGAUUUGUGUCCAGCUCCUUGCCAAUAACGAAAUUUCAUUCGAUACCUCGUUAUAGAACAUAGAUCAAUAUGGAACGCUAUAGUCUGAAUUCAUUUUUUAACGUUAAGUCAUAUUAUCUAUUUUUAUUUGUCAAGCAUUUGAGUAUAAGCCUGCUAUUUCAUCUCAA